AUGACGACGCCGAAUACGACAAACGCGAGCUCGCAACCAAAACAUGCCCAUACUCCACUGACCAACUCAAACACCACCAGCAACCCUGCCCACACCCACACCCCUCGCAGCGUACCUUCGACGGCUGCAAAAGCCUCCUCUUCCACCACGGCGCAAUCACAGCAUGCUUCAGCAAACAAGCCCGCUACGGGCGGCAUUGCCAUGACCAGUAGCUUGAGCCAGACGAGCAACCUGUCAGCCAUGUCUAACACUCUGCUGGCCGCUUCGCCCUCCAACAACCUGCUCGCCUUUGCAUCUCCCGCUGCUCUCGCCGGCCUCGACAUGACCACUCCAUCUGCCCUGCUCGACGCCGCUGCCACUUCACAACCAAUGAACCUGACUUUGUCCGACCUGGGCAUCUCCUCUCACAAGCCCAACCAAGACGAAGAACGCAGAUUGAAGCUGGAUACUAUUCUCACAAAGCUUUUGGGUCCUCAACAUCAUCGCCGCUUUGGCAGAGUCAGCGAAGAGGGUGUGAGAAGAGUUGGACGCUGGGCAGGACUCGAUGUCGAAGUCGAAGCCAAGAGGGAAGCGCGGAAAUUUGAGGGCAACAGGCCUGUCGCUGUAGCAGGCAAGAACAAUGUCCUGAUCGAUUUCCAGUUCAAGGACAAUCUUCCAACCCACAUCGACCUUUCCUUCUCCAGCCAGGACCCCGCCGUAACAGCUCACCAGGCUGCCGCCGCGAGCGUUCUUCUCCAAGACUUGACUCCCGCACCUGGCACCUCUGCCAUCAACACUAAACUCGAUCGCUUCGCUGCCAACCUAGAAACUUUGGCAAGAUUGGACAAACUCAGUGUAUACAAUCAGCUCAACUGCUUCGAAGCAGUCACUGGUGUCUACGAGAGUCUGAAAAAGCUUUACGAACACGAAAAACAGGCAGCCCAUGCCAUCGUACAGGCGAAGCGCGGGAAUCCGGAAUUGAGAGCAGAACGACAUGUCUUGUGCCAAAAGAGUGGUCGUCCUCAGAUGCACGCGCGCAGAAAGAUCGGCUUGAGUCUGGACUACUGGAUGGAAAAGAGCAACAUAUACCCAGCUGAUUCUGUCGAGUCGGCAAAAGACGCAUCCGCCAUGGACGUUGAUUCGCAGCCUGCCGAGAAUCCGUUGAAAGAGGCCGACGAAACUAUCUUUGCUUUGGACAUCACAGCCGAGGCGGGUACCCCUGACCCGUACUCCUCUAUCCGUGUCUCGUCUGCCUGGAUUGCAGACCGCAUACUCAAGUCUGCUGAAGAGACGACGGAUCCUACCGAUUUGCUUUCUGGCACCCAGAGCAUUGAUUGGCAAGAUCCAGCCCCUACUUACCUCUCCGACAACAGUCAAGACAACAAUGACGCUAUGGCUAUUGACAGUAACCCCAGCACCGGUGUCCAGAAGCUGCCUGCCGUACGCUUCGUAGCCAGACUCAACCCACCACUGAGUAUGCCCUGGACAGCUGCGGCGGCUAUACUGCAGUCCGUUGGCUCUGCCAGCGUCAUGUCCGAGAUACCGGAGAUUCAGCACACAUACGAAGGAUCGCUUCUCCAGAAGCCGUCUGACGUGCCGCUGCUUAACAAACCCCUUCAAUCUUCUGGACCCGCUGCCUCAACCAUCAAAACUGUGCUCACUCCCGAUGGUGUGAAUGUGCAGCACAAAAAUGCGCUUUAUGUGCCUAAGCAAGACUUUGGCUAUCUGCUGACGUUCAUCCCGUUCGCACAUCCUCGCCAGGUGGUUGCUCUGUUGCCUGUACUGCGACAAUGGGCUUAUCUCGGAAGUUUGCUCAAGGGUACUUUUGCUAAGACAGAGAGUACUGCACCUUCCAAGGAGGACGAAUCGUCUUUGUCACUGGCCGAUCUUCUUAGCGGGACCAAUAUCAGCACAGUAAAUGCUGUUGCAAUCGAUAUCUCAUUGUCCACGCAGCCCUCACCGACUCUUGAAUUUGUCUUCCCGGUCGCAGGAGUUGAAGCCGGUUUGGCAAGUCUCAGUGCUAGUGUCUCUGCUGAUGGACAAGUGGUUGUCUUGUCACAGAACGUGGUCAAGGGCAGUCAAGAGGAGCAAGACAAGGCGGCACGCAAGAUGGCAAAGGCUUUGGAGCUCGUGGGCGAUAUUGGCGUAUGGGUUGAGUGGAUCAGAAAAGUUUACGGAGGAGUAUGA